UUCCAAUGUAGGAGGAGCGGUACGUAGUUUCUCAUUAACCCAUAGCCUCUUCUAUCCUAUUUAAGCAGCAAGUGUUCACACAUUUCCCUCAUUCUCCACCAAGAGAAGCAGCUGCCACCUAUUACAAAAGUUUUUGUGGAAAUACUGAAUCAAGCACCAUGCCAGAGAUAGUCCCUAAGAACAAAGCCCCAGGGGUUGAUUUCUGUGGGGUAGAUGAAUAUUACUACAUUGUCCGCUCAGACCUGGGCUGCUACAUGCGGUCCACCAAUUUCCAUGAGGGCAAAGACCUCGAAGUGUUUAGCCUGCACAGUUCCUGCCAGGGAGGAGAUCACUACUUAGCCCAUGAGGAUGACCUAUUCUACAUCAUCAAAGGAGACAACUAUCGCCGUGUCAGCAACAUGAAUAAAGACUUAGGUUCUGUAGUAUACAGCCUCCAUCCCAACUGCCGUGGAGGGGACCAUUACCUCUCAGCCUCUAGAUACUUCUAUAUCAUUUUCCAGAAAAGAGGUGUUUACCGUAUGGUCACUAAUAUGAAUGAAGAUAAAGAUGCAGUUGAAUACACACUUCACCCUGCUUGCAAGGAUGGUCUCUAUUACUGGGGCGUCAGAAAAUACUAUUACUUUGUAAAACCUGUGAUGAAUGGGGGCAUCCAGUACUAUAAAAGCACCAACUUCCACGAAAAUCUGAAUGCUGAAACAUUUUCCUUCCAUAGUGAUGUAGUGAAUAUGCUCCCUGGAGGAAUGGCUAUUACCUAUGGUCCAGCUUAUGGUAGAUGGGAACCUAUCAAGACCAUCUCCAACGACUCUAGCACUCCCAUUGUAUGGAAUAAGAAGAUCACCAAGAAAGUGGGAUACAACAAGCAGAAGAUGACCAGUGUGGAGCACAACUGGAAGAUUUCCAUGACUACCACAUAUCAGUCGGGUGCGCUCACUGAAGCCAUUGCCAAGUAUCAGUUCUCUCUCACUGCUGAGUAUGGUGGGAAGAGGGUCAACACAGAGCAGGAAAACUGGAAUGAAGCUACUGAGAUCGAAGAAGCUAUUAGUGUAACUGUGCAGCCCAAUGAGAAGAUGUACAUAUGGCAGUUUGAGAUGGGCUUGGGCAAGGAAGCGGUCUUGUUCUGCCGUGAUAUGAAAUUUACGAGUGAUUCUACUCCACCUACAGAUAUUCCUUUGCCACCUUCCAAUAAGUGAUAAGAAAAUGGGCUAAUAUUUAGACAAUAUAGCGCUUUCAUGAGUUAAGAGGGAGUUAGAUGAGUAGUAUAUAGAGAUGCAUAAACUUAGAUUAAUGAUUUCUAGACAUAUUAUAUACUCUCAUAUAGACAUACUAAUCUCACUAGGCUACAGCUAGAAAUGCAUGUCCUAGUUUGUGCACAAUGCAGGUGACCCAAGCUGAAUGCCUUCUAGGUAAGCUACUAUUUCCUGGUCUCCAUAAAUCGCUUUGCCAAAUUUGUGCCUUCAUUUUGCUUUGUACCUGCUGAACUUCUAAUCGUGUUCCACUGUUGUUAUACAAAUCAAAUAAAAUGAAGAAUCAA